CUAUAAGUAAACAACUUUUUUUAAACUCAUAAUUAACUUUUAAUUAUUUUCACCUAUCAAUGUCCAUUUUUCUAGAGCAUUGGUACAUUAAAUAAAGCUAUAUUGUUAGUAACACAAGUACCUACAUAAAAAUAAGAAUAAAAGCUUCAAGAAUAAAACUUAAAGGAAAUUGCUAAGCAUGAGUGGGCUACAUGAUGCUCUUGCACCAAUAUCUUGGCUAGCCGGUCGAUGGGUCACCGAAAACGGACGGGGCUCCUUCCCAAACAUACCCGACUUCCAAUACCAUGAAGAGUUGGAGUUCAUUUGCAUUGGCCAGCCAAUGUUCAACUAUACAUCAACAUCAAAGCAUCCUGAGAAAGGCACACCAAUGCAUCAAGAGAGAGGUUUCCUCCGCAUAAAACCUGGUACAAAUGACCUGGCCUUCCUUGUCAGCCAUAAUUUCGGCCUUACCUCCCACGAAGAAGGGCAAUGCGAUCCGGAGAAGAAGCAAAUUAAACUUACAACCGUUAAUAUAGCAAGAAUGUCAUUCGCGAAGCCGCCUGUUGUGAAGAACGUUGUAAGGGAAAUAACAAUGCUCGCUCCAGAUAAGUUGCAAAUUGUUCUACACAUGGAGACAGACAAUACAGUUCUAAGUGAACAUUUGAAAGCUGUUUAUAGUAAAGUAGAAUAAUGUUUAGUGACCAAAGCUUAACAAAUAUAAAUAAUAACUGUUAAAAAAAAUAAACAUUACUAGCAGCGAUACGGUUUCAUCUGCGUCAGUUUCGGUUCCGUUUUGCACUCUAAUCUUCCUCGGAGUCCCAGGUUUGGGGCUCGGGGGUAACCGUUUAGGGCGAUGGCCCUUUUCGGUGGUAAUCAACGCCGUGU